AUGCCUCAUGUUAUUACUGCCACAAAACAGUUUAUUACUUUUCUUAUUCAAAAGGAUAAAGCACAAAAAAGUCACAUCACAAAUUUAAUAGAGUGUCCACAAGAUGAACUUGAGCAACAACUAGAUGAUUCAUCAGAUGACAAGCUUGAAAGAUAUUCUCGAACACGAGCCUCCCCAAAAUUGAACACUUUGCUGUCAUCAUUAUUGCCUCCAGAUCUUUUCGAAGUCGUAUUGCCAGAUUCUUCUGCAUCACCUUCUCCUCCACCAAGGCGUUUGCGAGGAUCCUUUACCAGGAGCCUAGUGAUGAAAUCUGCCACAUCUGGAGAUAAAUCUUCAGGAAUUGGGGGAUUUGUCCUCAGUAUUCUCCUGUUAUUAGCAAGAAAAGUUGUGAUGAGUUGUUUUAAAUCAUAGGAUAAGAGAAAGAAUAUUUCUAGGACUGAAAUGACGAGUUGAUCAUUUC